GUACGGGCAUUUUGAGUGGGUUGUCAUGCCCUUUGGCCUCACCAAUGCCCCCGCAACUUUUCAAGCAGCGAUGAUGACGGAGUUCCGCGACUUGCUCGAUCGCAGCGUCCUUAUCUACCUUGAUGACAUCUUGGUUUAUAGUAGGACGUUGGACGAGCACAUCAUACACCUUCGCGUUGUUCUGAAUCAUCUGCGAAUAGCCAAGUACAAAGCAAAUCUCGACAAGUGCGAAUUCACCAAGCAAGAGCUUGAGUACUUAGGUCAUUUUGUCACGCCAAAAGGCAUUCGUCCCUUAGCGGAUAAAAUCCAGGCCAUCGUGGAUUGGCCGGAACCCCGUUGCACGACGGAUGUACGCUCUUUCAUGGGUUUAGCUGGAUAUUAUCAGCGAUUCGUCGAGUCAUACUCGAAAGUGGUCGUUCCUUUGUCGGGACUUCAGUCCCCAAAGACGGAUGGUCAGACGGAACGAGCGCACCAGACUGCUCAGAUGAUGUUGCGUACGCUCAUCCGUCCCGACCCGAAAGAUUGGGUUGACUGGCUUCCCGACAUCGAGUUCGCCUAUAACACUUCGGUGCACCCGGCGAUCUGCGUCACACCAUUCGAGUUACAUCAUGGUGGAGAGAAAGCACGGAUCUUCGCUGAUCUCCUUUUGCCACAGGCUGCCAACAUAGACGCCCCUUGCUCUCCCGCUUCCGUCCGGAAGUACCGGGACUUGCUGAUCAAAGCCCGCACAAAUAUGCAAAAGGCUCAGAUCCACAUGCAGCAGCAAGCUAACCGACGUCGACUUCCAUGUCCUUUCCGCGAGGGAGACCUUGUUUGGGUCCUCUCCGAGGAAUUUGCGCUCGAGCAGGACGUUUCGCGCAAACUCCUUCCGAAAUGGUUCGGACCAUGGGAAGUCACUUCUGCCGUUGGAGACGAUCCCGCAGGUCCUUGCUUCGUGAUCAACAUUCCACCGCACCUGACAGUGCAUCGGGUCUUCCACGCAUCGAAGCUGGCCAUCUACACGCCAUCUUCAGAUGACGAGUUUCCAGGACGUCGAUCACAGGAUCCGCCCUCCAUGGACGGACAUCAGGAAGUGGACCGAGUCAUCACGCACCGCAAGUAUGGCAACAAGCCAAGGCAGUACAAAGUCACAUUCAAGCAAUGUGCGCCUGAUGACACUCGGGUGGAUCUCCAGUACAAAUUUGCAAACCUCUGCAGCCCUUAUCUUCGCCGACUAUGAGAAGCGACGCCUCGCUAAGGACGCA